AUGCGACCCUUUACCUAUGUCUCGCUCGUCGCCCUUCCAUUCUUAUCAGCCGCGCUCCCAACCUCGUCCUCCGAGCUCACCCCCCUCCCGCUCGUUAUCUGGCACGGCCUUGGCGAUGACUACACCCGCGCAGGCCUCAAAGAGGUCGCAUCGCUCGCAGAAUCCAUCAACCCAGGGACAUACGUGCACAUAAUUCACAUCGGCGACUCCGCAUCCAGCGACCGACAAGCCACGUUUCUCGGGAAUGUCUCUGACCAAGUUUCUACCGUCUGCGCCCAGCUCGCCGCCGAACCGAUCCUCUCCACCGCACCCGCAAUCAACGCCCUAGGCUUCUCGCAGGGCGGACAAUUUCUCCGCGCAUACGUCGAGCGAUGCAAUAAACCCCCAAUCCGAAACCUAGUCACUUUCGGCAGCCAACAUAACGGGAUCUUCGAAUUCCAAGCGUGCAGCUGGGGCGACUUUGUGUGCCGGGGCGCAGAGGCCCUGCUCCGCCUCGGACGGUGGUCGAAUCUUGUGCAAUCACGGUUCGUUCCGGCGCAGUACUUUCGCGACCCCGUCGAGCUGGACGAGUACCUGGAGAACAGCAACUUCCUGGCGGACGUGAAUAACGAGAGGGUGCUGAAGAAUGUGACCUACAAAAAGAACCUGAGCAGCUUGAACCGCUUUGCGAUGUUCAUGUUUGAGGACGAUACUAUUGUGCAUCCGAAAGAGAGCUCGUGGUUUGCGGAGGUCAAUACGACUACAGGGGAGGUGACGCCGUUGCGGGAGAGGGACAUCUAUAAGGAGGAUUGGCUGGGGUUGAGGGAGCUGGAUGAGAAAGGAGCAUUGGAGUUUGGGAUGCUCUCCGGAGAGCAUAUGCAGUUGGCUGAUGAGGAUCUGAAGAAGGUGUUUACUGAGUAUUUUGGGCCUGUGGAGGUCGAUCUUCCGCCUGCGCAGGUUCAUACAGAGGGUCUUGUGGAUCAGGGAGGAUAUUAG